AUGAACAUCUCCAGCCUGGGCCUCUCUCCUGAGCUCCAGAUGUGUCAAGGAGAACUGCAGAUAAGAUCAGAAACGAUAGUCCCGAGCGAGGCGCCAGCGCCGUCGGCGGACCCGGCGCGCCCACACGCGUGCCGGGACUGCGGCCGUGCCUUUGCGCGCCGCUCCACAUUGGCCAAGCACGUCCGCAUACACACGGGCGAGCGGCCCUUUGCGUGCACCGAGUGCGGCCGGCGCUUCUCGCAGAAGUCGGCGCUGACCAAACACAGCCGCACGCAUACGGGCGAGCGGCCUUACGAAUGCCCAGAAUGCGACAAGCGCUUCUCGGCCGCCUCGAACCUGCGGCAGCACCGGCGGCGCCACACGGGCGAGAAGCCGUACGCAUGCGCACAAUGCGGCCGCCGCUUCGCGCAGAGCUCCAACUACGCACAGCACCUGCGCGUGCACACGGGCGAGAAGCCGUACUCGUGCCCGGACUGCGGACGCGCCUUCGGCGGCAGUUCGUGUCUGGCGCGCCACCGACGCACGCACACGGGCGAGCGGCCGUACGCAUGCGCCGACUGCGGCACGCGCUUCGCUCAGAGCUCGGCGCUGGCCAAGCACCGGCGCGUGCACACGGGCGAGAAGCCGCACCGCUGCGCCGUGUGCGGCCGCGGCUUCGGCCACCGCUCCAACCUGGCGGAGCAUGCGCGCACGCACACAGGCGAGCGGCCCUACCCAUGUUCCGAGUGCGGCCGGCGCUUCCGCCUCAGCUCGCACUUCAUCCGCCACCGUCGCGCGCACAUGCGGCGCCGUCUCUAUAUCUGCGCGGGCUGCGGCCGGGACUUCAAGCUACCCGCCGGAGCCACUGCCACUGAGCGCUGCCCAGAUUGUGAGGGCAGUUGAACCGCCAUUCUUGUCUCCGCGGGGUGCGAGCUGGGGAGGGGCACGCUAGUAUCCCGACCUGGGGCUGCGUUAACCUGGACAACUCCCCGCCCCGCCACCUGUGUCUCAGAUAGGGUGGGACGGCGGGCCUGGCUGCCCUGGAACUGGGAGACAGGGAGGAUCCCCUACCGGGGUCCCUGGAAACGCGCCCACCUCCCCCUCAUUACAUCCCCUCGGCCCGUGUUAGAGUGAAUAAAGUAUUAUAUCCUCA